GUGUGGGGAGCGUGGGAAAUUUUUCGAUGUUUCGCGUGUCUCCUGUAUCAUAAGGGUCAAAUUACCAUGCUGUCAUGAGCAUAUAUACACAAAGACAGAACGAGGGUAACGAUACACUGAUAAUCUCAAUUGCAAUUUACGCAUUUUGUUAGGCGCGAGAGCUAUGACUGCCGGCACGGGCGACGCGGCCGCCGCCGUCGAGGCCAAACCCAAGGGCCACGCGGAGACAGUGCACAUGGACGAGCCGUCCGACAAGAUCGAUACUGCCAACGGCGAUCUGGGAGCGCCGCCGCCGCUCACCGAGCACACGCCGGCUGCAGUGAACGGGACGACGCACGUCGAAAACGGGGUGUCCCAGCCGGUGGUGGAAUCGACGGUGGCGGCGUCGGCGACGACCCCGGUCAGCGAGGCGGCGCCGGCGGCCAGUCCGGCCGGCCGGACACCCUCGGAGGACGGCGGGCCCACGCCGCCGCCGCCUCCGACGGCGCCCGACCCGGCGGCCGCGGCCGUCUGCUCGGCGGCCGCCAGCCAGCCCUCGCCGGCGACCUGUCCGGUCACCAUGACUGCCAGCCAGCCGGCACCACCGGCCCCCGUGCCGGCGGCGCCGCCCGCGCUGGUCUCCUCGCCGCCAGCGCUGGUGUCGCGGCCACCGGCCUCGCCCGCCUCCUCCGCGGCCAGCGCCGGCUCACCGGCAGGACGGAAACGAAGCGCCGAGGCUGCGGCUAACUCUGCUGAGCCGGCGCCGCGCCAGCCGCGCCGCAGCUCCUCGGAGCAGCCGGCCGACGCGCCGGUGCCGCAGCGCACCGUCGAGAUGAUCGAAUCGUCGCUGCGUAAACUGCGGCGAGAGGUGAAGGCCAUCGACCUGCUGGCGCGGCAGAAGGAGCGCGAGUGGGACAACCUGCUGCGGCUGCGGCGAGCAAAAGAGGAGACGUUCCAGCGGCUGCGCAGGAAACGCGAGGUGCUUCUGCAGCAGCCGGCCGCCGAGGCCGCCAUCACCGCCUCGGUCAUACAGAGUCCGACGACUCCGCUGACGCCCACCGCGCCGGCGCCGCUCAUCCCCAGCUCGACCAUAGGUAUCGCCACGCCCACCUACUCGGUCUCGUCGUCCAUAUGGGCGCUGAAGCAGCAGCAGGACCAGCAACGGCAACAGCAGGAGCGGCUGCAGCAGCAGCAGCGGAUGGCGCACCACCAGGCGGCGGCAGCGGCGGCCCACUACGCGCCGCGCGUCUCGGUGGGCCUGCCGCGGCCGCUGCGGCCCGUACCCGUGCCGCCGCCGUUCGUCAGCGCCUCUGUCAGCUCGACGGCGAGGCUCUCGCAGCCGCCGCGGCCGUCGGUAGUCUCUGAGGCGAACGAGCCGCAGUACCGCGAGAUCCUGGCGCAGGUGGCGCGGCUCAACCAGCGGCUGGCCGGACCAGUGGAGCCGGCCGUCUCCGACGCUGCGCACGCCUCCAACCUCGCCAAACUACUGAUGGAAAAGAAAAAGAUCGAGCCAGCACUGCUCGAAAUGCUAAAGCAGCCUCACAUUGCGGUCCGGCCGCCGGCGAACGGUCCCCUGCAGAUGCGCUCGGUGGCUCCGGUGGUCCAGCGGCCGCCGCCGCCGCCUCCUCCUCCCGUUGCCACCGAUGUGCCGCUCUGCCAGGGCUGCGGCCGCCGGCAGGCGCAGUUCGUGUGCGCCGGCUGCGGCCACCAAUGGUACUGCUCCAGAGACUGUCAGGUGGAAGCCUGGGACAAUCACGCGGACAACUGUUCGGGCUAGCGGCCGCCGGUGACCGGUCGCUGUCCGCUGUGCCUUCUGCGACUGCCGUUAGCCGGUGCUCCGGACGCUGGUAGUGAUCGAGCCGCGGUGUGCCACGGUAGGCAGUGGAGCGGCGUGCAGUCCGCAGUGGUGUGAGGCCCGUCCGUCCCGCCCAGUGUGACGGGUGUGGCCGGACGUGCCGUCCCCGUGUGGGGUACAACGGCGCGCAGAGCGCCAGUGUUUCUGUAUGUGUGUGUGUUUCGAGAGGGACCGGCGUGGCGGUGAUCGAGCCGCAUCAGAAGCCAGCGCAUACGGUGGCGCCUCUGGCGGACCCGUGUGGAACCACUGCUUCUGCCGUGGUAAGGCGAGUGCCGUUGUGGAUCGAGGUGCAAUUGACAAUAAUGUUGACGGUUUUUGGACAAAUUGAUAUUAAAUGAUCAAAACCAGAA